AUGGAGUUCUCCCGCCGCGGCCGAGCCACGGACUUCGCCGCCGACAGUCACCGCUGCCCGGAACCUCCGCCUCACGGAGACGCGAUGCUGGUAAUGAGCGAUGCGCUGCUGUGGCAGCUCCAGAAGAACCGCCUUCGCCACGAGAUCAUCGUGGCCGAGCUGACCAAGAUUGAGCGUGCAAUGGCCCUGCGUGUGGUGCCAAUGCCCCGGCAUGGCAUGCCGCAGUGCAGAGGACCCGUCAACUGCUGGGACCGCUACGGCGAUGUGGGUGAGGACGUGAAGCUUCCGGACAAUGACGCACAGCAGAGUGCAGAAUCCAGAUCUUGGAAACCUGUCAUGAAAGAUCGCGUCGACCGAUGCUGGAAUCCAUGCAAAUGCUCGAGUGAGACUGUACCUCCAAAUAAAAAGUCGCUGGAGGUGAAGUGGGAACUAACAGGAACAACCAUACUAGUUAAGAAGCCGAAACCACUCAUGAAAUGGAGUUGCGCCGUGUGCCAGGUGCAAGUAAACAGUGAGAAGAACCUACAGAUGCAUUGGGUAGGGAAGAAGCACAAGUCAAUAAUAGCAAUAUUGGAAUCAAGAAUUAAGGCCAUCAGUGGUCAGAAGACGAGAGCAGAAGCUGAACCUUCUCCUGGCACUGAUCAGAUAAACACAUUGUCCGUAAAAUGGAGUUGCAGCACCUGCCAGGACAAUGGUACAUGCCAUUCGGACUUGGAGGAGCACCUCAAAAGCACAAAGCACCAGCAGAACAUCAUAGCCUCAAGCAAUGUGGGCAGCAACAAUCAUACGGCGAAGAACAUAGCACCGCAUGAGAGCAAUGUGUCACAGCAUGCAGAGAAGCCACCUUCAGUAGGGAGUUGCAACAUUUGCCAAACUAUCACUUGCUGUGAGUCAGAUUUGGAGAUCCGGGCCCUCGCCGAACAAUGCAAGAACAUGGCAGUGAAUUCUGAGUCACUGAAAGGAAAUUUGGAUCCAAAAGGCAUGCCACAGCACUUACAGAAAAUGAAUGGUGAAUUAGGCUUGGAGAGCCACCUCAGAGACGGGGGACAUCAAGUGGAUGUUCAGGCCCUACACAAAAACAUCGACCAACAGAAAAACAGUAUUCACCAAAUUGCCAAGGACCAAGAAAUGUGUGAGGCCCAGUGUAACGCUGAACCACAGUUUGAGCAUCACAGUGAAAGCAGAAACCAUAAACAGAAGAUCAAUGCGAUAUUUCACGAGGGCGAUCUUGCGAAAGUGAGCAGUUUCCACAUCGGAUCCUCAUGCAAAGAAGGCAAUAUCAUUGAUGUUGCGAAGAACAUUGUGUCGCAGGAAAAAUCGCAUGAUAGCAAUGUGCCGGAGCAUGCAGAGAAACCACCUUCAGUACAGAGUUGCAGCAUUUGCCAAGGUAUCUGUAACUUCAAAUCAGAUUUGGAGAUCGGCCUGAUGUGUAGAAGGCACAUCCGAGCUAAAGUAAAAAUUGCAAAGGACCAAGAACCACCCCCGGAAGUGGAAUGUGCUGUUUGUGAGGCCAAAUGUAACUCUGAACCUCGAUUUGAUCAUCAGGGCAAAAGCAGAAAGCAUCAACAGAAGUUCAAUGUGAUACUUAACGAAGGCGAUAUUGCAAAAGUGGGCAUUGAAUCCACAUGUAAAGAAGGCAGUAACAAUGAUAUGUCAAAGGACAUUGUGUCAUUGGAAGCAAAAUCAGAGGAAAGGGAUGUCCUGGAGCAUGUACAGAAGACACCUUCUGAACGGACUUGCAGCAUUUGCCAAGGUAUAUGUAACUGUGAAUAUAAUUUGAAGAUCCAAGCUAUGGCCAGAGACAUGUACAUGAAGUCACGGAAAGCAAAGUUGAUUCCAAACGAUGUGCCAAAACACGCUAAGAAAAUGAAUGGCGAAUUUGACUUGGAGAGACCCCAGCUGAAUGUUCAGGCACUAAGCGAAAAUUUUAACCAAUGGAAAAACAAUCUUCGACAAAUUGCCAAGGACCAAGAACCACCCCCGGAAGUGGAAUCUGCUGUGUGUGAGGCCAAAUGUAACUCUGAACCUCAGUUUGAUCAUGAACGCAAAAGCAGAAUGCGUCAACGGAAGUUCGAUGUGAUGCUUGGCAAAGGCAAUAUUGCGAAAGUGAGCAGUCUCCACAUUGAAUCCACAUGCAAAGAAGGCACUAACAAUGAUACUUCAAAGGACAUUGUGUCACUGGAAGCAAAAUCUCAGCAGAGAGAUGUGCCGGAGCAUGCAGAGAAGACACCUUCAGCACGGACUUGCAGCAUUUGCCAAGGUAUUUGUAGUUGCGAAUCUGACCUGCUGACCCCAGACAUGGUCAAAUUAUACUGCAAGGUAUUGAAUUCUGAGUCAUGGAAAGCAAAGUUGAUUCCAAACAGUGUGCCACAACAUGCUGAAGAAAUAAAUGGUAGUUUAGACUUGGAGAGCCAGCAGAUGAGUGUUCAGGCCCUCGGCGAAAAAAAUAUCCAGAAGAGAAUUAAUCCACCAGAAAUUGCUCAGGGCCAAAUAUCAUCCUCGGAGUGGCAUUGCACCAUGUGCCAGGCCAAAUGUCAUUCUAAAGAUCAGUUUGAACAACACUGCGCAGGCAGAAAACAUCAACAUAAGCUCAUUCUUGCUGUGAAGGCGACAUCAUGCAAAUAGGCUGUCUUGAGAAGUGAAGAAAUUACCUUUUGGACAGCUCAAAACAAAUACAUUCGGAUGGCUCUUACAGCAAUAAUGAACCACCUUCAGAGUUCGAGCUUUUUCGAGGUGUGCGUUUU